AUGGCAAGCUUGCCGGAUCUUUGCGAGCAAUAUUUUGGCGCACUGAAGAAGGCAUACCAUAAAUUAUCGUUACUUGUACACCCGGAUAGAGUAGAAGAGAGCAUCAAGACUGAAGCAACAGAAAAGUUUAAAGUCCUUGGAAGAAUACACUCUAUUCUUAGUGACAGUGAGAAACGUAAGAUUUAUGAUGAAUCUGGCCAGUAUGAUGAAGAGAGUGAAGAGGUUGUGAUGCGUAACUGGGCAGACUACUGGAGGUCACUGUUCAAGGCAAUUACUGUAGAAGAUAUCAAUAAUUAUGAAAAAAACUAUAAGGGAUCAGAGACAGAGAUCAAGGAUCUUAAAAGGGCAUAUAUGGACAGUAAGGGAGAUAUGGACUAUAUUCUGGAAGCAGUUCCAUUCACUAAUUGUGAUGAGGAACCAAGACUACAUGAUAUAAUCCAGAAUCUUAUAAAAAAUGGUGAUGUCCCAGAGUACAAAGCUUUUACCAAUGAAAACACUAAGAAGAAACAACGCAGGAAAAGAAAGGUUAGAUAUUUAGUACAAUUGCUUCUCAAUUUGCUGCUUAAGUGA